AUGGCUCCUGCCGAGUCAGGCUGGAGCAACGCGCAGCAGAACGCGCUCCUAAUGUCGAUCAUCCUUGAGACGAACCCGAACCUUACCAUGAGUGGCUGGGACAAGAUUGCCGGUCGUAUCUCUGGCAUGGACCGACACAUCAACAGGAACAUCUGCCAGAAGCAAUUCAAGGCGAUUCGCCUUGAAUAUGAGGACAAGUUCGGCAAGAUUGGCGGUGCGAAGCGCAAGAUCGACGCCCCCGAGGCCCCUGCCAAGAAGAAGGCCAAGACCAAGGCUGAGGUCAAGGACGUUGCUGAGGCUAUCCUUAAGGUAGAGGAAGACGACGAGCAGUAA